AUGAUAAAUCACCAUCGCUUAUUCAGUGAUUUAUGGCGUUUAUGUUAUUUAUUUAAUUGUUUAACAAAAUUUCAAAUUAUUAACAAUGGUACAAUAAAUAAUCAACAACAAACACAAGAUUAUAUUAAAGAAUUAAAACAUUCAUUAUCAAAUAAUACAUUUAUUGUUGAUGAAAAAUGUCAAAAUGAAAAAUUAUUACCAAUUAAUGAAAAAGAAAAUGUAUAA